UAAUCGCACGUGUAUCUUUCGCGUCCUGGGUUCCUUCUCCGCGGGACCGACUGUAGAACGGGAGACGUCCGAGGAUGAAGGCGCGAAAAAGCAAAAAGCGAGCCCCAAGCUUUCGGAAACUUCUGAAAACUAGUAAAGUCAAACUUGACAACAAGUUGAAAAAUAAACAAUAUAAACAGCAGAGUACUGCCAAGAAAUAUCGAAAAGAACAGAGGAAACUUAGACAAGCUGUUAAAGAUGUUGUAUCUAAGAAGCCUGUUCCAUUGGAGGAUGGAAAGCAAAUACAUAGAGGUAAAAGAAUAGCUCAAAGAACAGAGGAGGAAGAAGAAGACCUUCCUUUGGAUAUGAUGGAUGAAGAUGAUUUGCAGUUACUGAAAGAUUUAGGUCAAAUGCCAUCAUUCUUAACUAGAGAUCUUUCUUCUAGUGAGCCUGUUCAUGUCAAGAAACGGAAGCAGGAGAGCAUAAUAGACAAAUACGAAAAAGUACCAAGACGACUGCAGACUGAGCCAGAAAAAGAAGUAAUUCACUUGCUUCCUAUCAAAGAUAAGUGUGGUAUUAUUCCACAGACCAGGGAGAAGCCAGUUGUCGAUACUAAUGAAGAGGAAGAGCAAGAAGAAAUGGAUGUUGAGGAAGUGAUUACUGAGGAUCCCAUGCCAAAGUUGACCACAGAAGAACGUUUAAUUGAGAGGCGGAGGAAACUACAGGAGAAAAAAAUACAUAUUGCAGCCUUGGCAUCUGCCAUUUUAUCUGAUCCAGAGUCUAAUAUUAAAAAGUUGAAAGAAUUGCGUGCCAUGCUUAUGGAACAGGAUCCUAAUGUAGCUGUCAUUAUACGGAAAUUGGUGAUGAUUUCUCUGAUGGAGUUAUUUAAAGACAUUACUCCUUCCUACAAAAUUCGACCGCUAACAGAAACAGAAAAGGCAUCUAAGGUCCGAAAAGAAACCCAAAAACUAAGAGAAUUUGAAGAAGGCCUAGUAAGCCAAUAUAAAUUUUAUUUGGAAAAUCUGGAACAAACAAUUAAAGAUUGGAAGCAAAGAAAACUGAAGAAAAGUAAUGUUGUCUCCUUAAAGGCAUAUAAAGGUCUGGCAGAGGUUGCUGUGAAGAGCUUAUGCGAACUGUUGGUAGCACUCCCUCAUUUUAACUUCCACAAUAAUAUUAUUGUAUUGAUUGUCCCUCUUAUGAAUGACAAGUCAAAACUGAUUUCUGAAAUGUGUUGUGAAGCAGUACAGAAGCUCUUUAAACAAGAUAAACUGGGUCAUGCUUCUCUUGGUGUCAUUAAAGUGAUAUCUGGUUUUGUAAAGAGCCAGAAUUAUGUUGUUAGGCCAGAGUUGUUAAAGUCGUUCCUGUAUCUAAGAAUCAAAGAAAUAGAGGUGAAAAAAGACACAGAAGACAUUAAUGCACCAAGAAAGUUCAUGUCUUAUAAGGAGAAGAGAAAAUCUCUUUCAAGAAUGCAAAGGAAGUGGAAGAAAGCAGAAGAGAAACUAGAGCGAGAACUUCGGGAAGCAGAGGCUACAGAGAGUACAGAAAGAAAGAUGAAGCUGCACACAGAGACGCUGAACAUAGUAUUUGUAACCUACUUUAGAAUAUUGAAGAAAGCCCAGAGGUCACCUCUUCUGCCAGCAGUCCUAGAAGGUCUUGCCAAGUUUGCACAUCUUAUAAACGUGGAGUUUUUUGAUGACUUAUUAGUCGUUCUGCAUACUCUCAUUGAGUCUGGUGAACUAAGCUACCGAGAGUGCCUUCAUUGUGUUCAUACUGCUUUCCACAUUCUUUCUGGCCAAGGUGAUGUUCUAAAUAUAGAUCCUAUGAAAUUCUAUACACAUCUCUACAAAACCCUAUUUAAAUUACAUGCAGGUGCUACCAAUGAGGAUGUGGAAAUUGUACUUCAGUGCCUUGAUGUGAUGCUAACCAAGCGCAGAAAGCAAGUUUCUCAGCAGCGAGCCCUUGCUUUCAUCAAACGCCUUUGUACCUUGGCUCUUCAUGUCCUCCCACAUUCAAGUAUUGGCAUUCUAGCCACCAACAGAGUUUUGAUGCACACCUUUCCAAAGACAGAUCUGCUGCUUGACAAUGAAUCUCAGGGGAGUGGAAUUUUCCUCCCUGAACUGGAUGAGCCAGAGUACUGCAAUGCUCAGAACGCUGCACUUUGGGAAUUGCAUGUCCUUCGGAGACAUUACCAUCCUGUUGUUCAGAGAUUUGCAUCACACCUGAUUGCCGGAGCACCCUCUGAAGGUUCUGAAGCUCUCAAACCAGAAUUAAGUCGAAGGUCAGCUACAGAACUUUUUGAAACUUAUAAUAUGAAGACAAUGACAUUUAACCCUCCUGUAAUGUCAGCUAACCCCUCAAAGAAGGAUAAAGUUUUCCAUGGGGAUUCAUAUCUAAAUGAAGAUUUAAACCAACUAAUAAGAACUCAUUGCAGUGAAACUACUAUUCAACAGCCUCUGGAUUUUACCAGAUACUUUAAAACAUCAGACAAUAGAUGUAAAGGGGAAACAGCUGAAAGAACAUGAUUACAUACGUGUACCUAUUGGCAUCAUUUAUUUCAGCCUAUCUUUGAAGAUAAUCCUGAGACUUGAUGACCAAAGACUGAGUUAGUUGAUUACGUGCUAGAGUGAGAAUGUGAGAAAGAAGAGAGAGGUUUUCUCAAAUAUUUCAUGAUUUAUUUAUUGGUAAACUUUUGUACAUUAUAUAUUGUAGUAGAUUUUAAGAUUCUUAAAUACUUCUAUUUAGUGGCCUAACUGCUGUCUAGAUAAUGUUUUACAUGGGUAGAAAAAAACAUGCCCGUUGAUAGAAUGCUUUUUUUUUUUUUUUGCAACCAACAUUUGUGUAAAAACAAACAACAUUUAAAAAAUUUUUAUGAAAGCU